CAGGUUCGCGUGGCUCAGCCCCACACAGAAGCAGCAGCAGCAGCACACGGAGACACAGAGAGAGACAGCCCCGACAGCCCUACACAGAGACACACAGAGGCAGCAUCAGCAACAGUCCCACACAGAGAGAGGCAGCCCCACACAGACACACAGAGAGAGGCAGCCCCACACAGAGGCGACGUGAUACCCGGUCGGGUAGGCUCCUCUUUCUUAUUCUUCAUCACCCUCGUCGUAUCUCACAGACCAGGGCAUCUAUAGCCGUGUCAACAGUAAGACGAAGACACACAAUUGGAGAGUUGACGCGUUUAGAAUCUCGUUCCACCAGCCGCUGAAGAUUGGAAGCGUGCGCGGUGCCCUCGUCGGAAACGCAACGAAAGUGCUGCAGCAACUGGUCGUCUGGGCGUCUCACACGCGGCGGUGGCGGUGGCGGCACGCCGAGUCACAGCCAGGGGAGGCGAGGAGACAGAUUCAGCAAAGUUUGUUGAGUUUAUUAUCAUUCUUCUUCUGCAAGAGACGAAGAUGAAGCUCGUGCCCGCACCCCGGCGCUGCCGCGCUGCUGCCGCUGGUGGUGGUGGGUGGCCGGAGAGGUGCGAGGUCUAAGUUGGAGUCCGCGCCGCCGCUGGUGGUGGUGGUGCUGCUGGUGGUGGUGCCGGUGGUGGUGGUGCUGCUGCUGGUGGUGGUGCCGGUGGUGGUGGUGGUGCCGGUGGUGGUGGUGCCGGUGCCGGUGGUGGUGGUGCUGCUGGUGAAGGUUUUGGUUCUUGGAGGAGGGACAACGUGGCGUUUGAGACGUCUCAAGUGUACCGCGCAGACACCGUGCGACCUGGACUCGCGCCGCUCACGCUGCGGCGUAUGAGGGCUUGCACCGCGGCGCUCAACCAGGCGCGAGGAUCAACACGGGAGCGACGCGCAUCCGUCUGUAACUCACCGCUUGCAAGCGAUGAGCCUUUGGGGGGGACACGAGCUUGGCACUUAGGGAAUUAAAGCACGUGGAUCAUGACUGCACAAGCAAGUUUCACCCAAACAACGUGGAACAACGUUUUUUUUUAAACGCAUUGAAAAGGCUACCACAGUAAAAUUUACGACUCCAUGAAUUUGCCAUCCCUUCAAAGGCAGCUGGGACAGUCGCACGGCGUGGAGAGGGGCGGUAGCUACCUCAUCAAGUCGAAAAAGGCUGCCGCUGGCGCCUUGGCAGGCACACCCGGCCGCAGCGACAGCUUUUACCUGCGCAACAACGGCGUCCCCAAGAUGGGCACGCGCGCCUGGGUCUCCCCGUACGGCGCCGCGUGGGACGGGCGGGGCGGCGGUGUCACCAGCGACAAGCGCGGUAGCGCCGAGAACGUGUUUGGCGACGACAAGGUGGACCCCAGCACUGCUCCCACGCUGUCCACGCCGUCGUCCGCCAAGGGGGAGCGGGGGCUCACUGUUCCCGUGCGCCGCUUCCGAGACUCAUCGGAGGGGCGCAGGCGGCCAAUACCGUUUCAGUCGGACGGAUUUGCGCAUCAGCAACAUCAGCAGCAGCCCCUGCGGCACCGCAGCAGCAGCGACGUGGCGCUGAGCGAGAUGGACGGCGACGGUAACAUCACCAUCCACCCGGGCGCGGUGAACCCCAACACGGGCGUUUCUCUGCGGCGUGAGUACGGCAGCACGUCGUCCAUUGACAGCCGCUCGGCCUCCAACGCCGCCGCCGCCGGUGCCGGCAAGCAGUGGUUCUUGGGGGGCAGCAGCGGCAGCAUCGGCAAGGCCAAGUUUGCGGACCUCUUGAGGGUCGGCGAUGCCUUGGCCGCAUCCACCCUGUCGGUGAGUCAGCACGAACUCGACGACGGCAGCUCGGAGGAGGCGCGUGAGGGCCGAGGAGGAGGAGGCGGUGGUGGUAGCAAGUCGCGGCGGAAGGACAAGUGGGAGCGGUCGCUGAAGCGCCGCUCUAAGUCGGAUGUGGGCGAGGCCUCCAUCUUCCACAAGCUGCGCACGGGAAAGUCGGACUCUGACGGGACGGUGCGGGAAAAUGGCGAAAAGGCGGACGAGGCCGGCGCCGCCACCGUGGGGGCGACGGCGGCGGCAGCCUCGGAGCGCCGCUCGUGGCGCUGCCCCAAGUGCUUUGGGCACUACGACGUGCAGAGCGUGAAUUUCGACCUGCGCUCAUCGGGCCAGGGCCAGCAGGGCUCGGCGCAGCAGAUCAAGAACAUGAGCACGGGCGCGUCGGCCGCCUCGCUGUCGGCCAAGACCGUGGCCAUGAUGGUGGCGGCGUCGGCGGCGAGCGGCUUCAGCUCGCCCGGCGGUAGCACGGAGGAACUGGACGCCGCCCGCGACGAGCCCGGGGCGCAGGCGGCCGACGCGGGCGACGGCAAGGGCAACGAGCUGGUGCAGAGCUGCCCGUUCUUCCGCAACGACUUGGGCGGGGAGGUGGAGAGGCAGAUCAGCCUGUCACGGGCGAGCGUGGGGCUGGGCGCGACGGGCCGCGCGGCCGAGGCACUGCUGCACCUGGGCCCCACCAACGCCAGCGUCUCCGUGCUUGAGGGCUGGAGCACGGACGAAGGCCUGCGCAGGGGCGACAGGGUCAAGCGCUACGUCAUCGAGCAUGUGGACCAGGGUGCGCGCUACUACCGGGACUACUUUUUCGGCAAAGCAGAGCAUCAAAACUACUUUGGCAUGGAUGAGAACUUUGGGCCGGUGGCUGUGAGCAUUUGUCGGGAGAAGAUGGAAGAUGCGAAGGACAGCACACAAGGCCCCCAGUACAACUACCGCAUCAUCGUCCGGACCAGCGCGCUGACCACGCUGCGCGGCUCCCUGCUGGAGGACACGGUGCCGUCGUGCUCAAAGACCGGCACGGUGCGGGGGCUGCCGCUGCGCGACGUGCUCGAGUACGCCGUGCCCGAGCUGCAUGUCUCCUGCCUCCGGCUGGGACAGAACACGCCGCGCGUCACCGACCAGUUGCUGUGCCUCGACGAGCAAGGGCUGAGCACGCACCACAAACUGGGCAUCAUGUACUGCAAGGCCGGCCAGAGCACGGAGGAGGAGAUGUACAACAAUGAGAACGCGGGGCCAGCAUUCGACGAGUUCCUCGACCUGCUGGGCACGCGCGUUCGCCUGCAGGGCUUCGACAAGUACCGCGCGCAGCUCGACAACAAGACGGAUUCGACGGGGACUCACUCCCUCUACACGCAGUACCGCGAUUACGAGAUCAUGUUCCACGUCUCCACCAUGCUGCCGUACACUCCCAACAACAAGCAGCAGCUGCUGCGCAAGCGACACAUUGGCAACGACAUCGUUACCAUCGUUUUUCAGGAGCCAGGCGCACUGCCAUUCACUCCGCGCCACAUCCGCUCACAGUACCAGCACGUGUUCAUCGUGGUGCGUGUGCAGGACCCUUGCACGGACAACGUUUCUUACAGCGUGUCGGUGGCGCGCUCAAAGGACGUGCCGUCGUUUGGGCCGCCGUUCCCCAACCGAGCGCGAUUCCCCAAGUCGCCGGCAUUCCGCGAGUUCCUGCUGAGCAAGGCGAUCAAUGGCGAGAACGCCGCCUUCAAGGCCGACAAGUUCCUGGCGAUGGCGACGCGCACGCGGCUCGAGUACCUGCGCGAGCUGGCCGAGCACCACGCGACGGGCACCGCCCUCGCCGACGCUUCCGCCUCCACCAAACUCGGCGCUCUCAUCUCGCUCGGCGGCAAGCGGCGCGAGAAGACGGCGGGGCGGCCCGGCGCCGAGAUCGCCGAGAUGCCAGGGGCGCUCGCCUGGCCCGUGGUGGCGCAGGACCUGGCUCGCGCCUGCGAGCUCGACUGCUGGCUAGCGGUGUCGGGGGCGCGGGCGGCGCUGAUCGACCGCGCCGUGCGCACUGUCGUGUUCCACGUGCCCGGCAGGGACGUGCUGGGGUGGACGAGUGGCGCGAGCAGCGUGAAGCUGUUCUACGGGCGCGGGGAGUGCGUGCUGGUGAGCCGAGCCGAGCCCGAGGAUGUCCGUGACAUCACACUGCGGCUGCAGCGCACGACGAACGGGUGCGAGACAGAGGAGCUCACGCUGCGGCGCAAUGGCCUGGGCCAGCUGGGCUUCCACGUGAACGCAGAGGGCGUCGUUGCCGAGGUGGAAGCCUACGGCUUUGCGUGGCAAGCCGGCCUGCGGCAGGGCAGCCGCCUCGUGGAGAUCUGCACCGUCGCCAUGGCCACGCUGAGCCACGAGCAGAUGAUUGACCUCCUGCGUACGUCCGUCACCGUCAAGGUGGUGGUGGUUCCGCCCCUGGAGGAUGGGAAGCCACGCAGGGCCCAAUCCGAGCAGCACCGACCGCCACCGAUGGAGUACAAGACCAACGCGGACUCGGCCGCCACCGCCGCCUCCGCCCUGGACUACCGGCCCCCCUAUCGGGGGGCCAAGCCUUGGAUGCGCGUGGACGGAGGGGGGCCGUCCACCUCGGGGGGUGGUGCGGGGGCGGCCGUUGGCCUCAGGGCCAGAGGUCCCGUCCCCACCUCUGGCUUGGCCCGGCCUCAGGCCCUGCAGCAGCAGCCGGGAAUGGCGGCGCUGACACCGAGCGGGGCCGACCACAUCCGGACGUUUGCCAUGAAAGGACCGGGUUUGGCUGCGGAGAGCUCUCCGCUUUGGGUGACGGCAUCCGAGUUGAGCCAAGGAUACCGGUACUACACCGGCGACAGCAUGGCCAACCGGGCGAGGCCACCUCAGGACCGGUUUGCGCCCAUCCAUCCUGCCGAGGUGAAUUCGCACGAGCGACAGGGGUCACAUGACUACACGGACACCUCCAGACGACACAAGGAGGUGGCCUCGGUCCAGACGAAGCCUUCUGGAGUCGACGUGAUGUGGGCGAGCGGCAUGGGCAGCCGUGGACCCGGCCAGUCGAUGCGGCCGGUGCGCCGGGAAGUUGCGCCGGCGGCCGACUCGCCUAGCCGGCAGACGCAGGGAACGGACUCGUACUACUCCAGCCCCUCGAGCAGCAACACGCUGUCGAGCACUGCGUCGAGCCGGCACAGCGACGAGCGCUGGUACGGAUCGGGCGACCCCCUGGAGCCCGAGGGCGGUGGCGGUGUCGGGGGCGGCGGCACCGGCACCGGCGGCAGUGGCGGCAGUGGCGGCAGUGGCGGCAGUGGCGGCGGCGCUACCGUGGGUGGCGGAGCGACCGGCGUGGGUCCUGGCCAGGGCCGAUCGGGCCACCGUGGCUUUCCACAACACCACCACACCCCGGGCGCAUCCACGGACAGCGGCAUUGACUUGCCGCCGCCGACAUCGUCGCGACCCGGCACCGUGUCGUCUGGAGGCGGGGCGUCAUACGCCAGCCCCGCGGGGCGGCCCACACCUACCUCGCAGAGGGGGCCGGCGGGAGACGGCGGUGGCGGCAAAGUGUGGGCUGUCGUUACAGAGGGAGGGCCCCCGUGCAUCCGGGAAGUGACUCCAGAGGGGACGAGUGUCACCGAGCUGGACUGGGACAUGCAGCACCGCGCCGCUGAUUGGCCGCCAUCCACCGUCGCCCACAACCACAGCAAGAGUUCGUCGUCUGACAGCUCCCGCUCCACACUGGUGGCGCCCGCACAGCAGCCACCGGCGCCGUCAGGUAGCACAAAGGUCCCCACGUCCCGCAAGGCUUCGCCGGGGCAGCACCAGACCUCGAGGUUGCCCAGCGACAAGGACGGGCAACGGAGGUUGCAGUGCGAGGCGGGGGCUCUGAGUAAGACACGGCUGCGUGCGUCCGUGCGUGACCUGAGGUCGCCGAAGCGCGCCCCGGCACAGUCCAAGGUGGUGGAGGAUCUGCUGAAGCUCAUCGCCCCCGAGAGCCCCGCGCCCUCGCCCUGCCCAGAAAAAGAGCGACGGCUGUCCCUGCCACGCAGCCCGCUGACUCCCCCGCUGGGACGCCCAUUGCAUCGCACGCUGUCGGACGAGAGCAUCUGCAGCGGGCGGCGCAACCCGACGCUGGCCGGCGCCCGCGAGUACGGCGGUGUUGAGUUGAGCGCGUCGAGCGAGGGCUUCUACCUCCACCACCAGCACCACAGUGGCGGGUCACUCACACCGCCAACAGCACCACAGCGACGCUCCAUGCCGCCGCUCACGCUCGACAGCCCCCAGAGGAUGGGAGGGCCGCUACAGGUGUCGGACUCGAUGAUGUCGCUGCGCAGUGCAGCGGCGCCCCCGCUCAGGGAGGCUGGGCUUCUGCCGCUGCCAGACUCGGCGACGGCGCUCGAGUGGGCCAACCUGGUCAGCGUGGCGCGGCAAUACGAAGCCACGCAGGGCGUUAUCGGCGGAGUCGGAGCCGGUGGCGGAAUCCGACCCCGCGACCUCCCCGUAUCGUUUGGACCCAACGACGGCCGGGCCCAGCUCCCGAGAGGCUGGCACCAGUCGUCGCCAACCAAAUACCCGCCAACUUUGCUUGCGUUCUACAGGAGUCGCUUCGCAUCCCCGGAAUCGGAUAUUUCGCCGGGCGCCCUGGCCGGAAAGGUGGACCACCUGGAGGUGAUGCUACAGCGUCUUCAAGACGACCUGAAAAAGGAGAAGGAAUUCAAGACGGUGCUGCAGAGCGAGGUGCACUACCUGCGCCGGGACAACCAGCGGCUCCAGGAGGAAUCGCAGGUCGCUGCACAGCAGAUGCGAAAAUUCACAGAGUGGUUCUACAACACCAUCGACAGGAAGUGAUGUCAUGUCUGUUGCAACAGAAGGGGACUUCGUUCCAAAGAAACAGGAAGUUAUUUCGUUUAAAAAAAGGCAACGGAAAGUUACGGCUUUGCAAAGACAUUGUGGAAUGAGUGACAGUGGCGAGUAUGGAAUAAAUAUCUGGUGGCGAUACAGGAAGUGUGACGAUGUAAGACAGGAAGUAACAUCAUCAUCUGCUGGAAACAGAAAGUGCAAUGCGGGUGAGACUAGCAGCGGCAGACUGACACAAUUCGAAUGAUUAUACUUUAAAGGACCAGAUGAUUGCCUAUAUUAAUGACUUACAAAACAGUGCUACGUACUUAAUCAAAUAGCAUGGUCGCACAAAACGGUCUUCAGUAGAAAAUACAGAUUCUCAGCCGUUGUAAAGUCAACCGCUGGUGAUUCGAAGAUAACGGAGGUUAGUGGAGACUAAAACAGCAAGUGACAUCAUUGCGAAACCAAAUCUCCAAUUUUCAGAAACCCGAUGGCAUGAGGGGGGAGCUUGGCUAUUAUGAGCCAGGAUAUGUUAUUGUCAAGCAAUGGAGAAACUGGAAUGAAAAUGCAUGAUUGAGCCAAUGCUUAAUAUCAUCUCACAGCACCCCAUUUUUCCGAUUAUUGAUCUUCAAGUGGCGCACAAGAUUUAAAAUCCCAUUGCACCGUUGUGAUAAUGGUGGUGAAGAAUCAUUCACAAAUAAAUAUGAAAAGUUGACUGACCGUCUUGUGUGCUACAUCGGAAGAAGCCUCGGAGUUAAAAUCUAAUUCUUGACUCAACAUCUUCAGAUGCUGAUUGAAGUAACGGGGAAUCAAGAGGUUUUGAAUGAUCAGAACAUGAGAAUUCAGUUGAAAGUAGCACUGUGUUUAAGUGGACAAUGGAAUUGCGGGUGUGCACACGUGUACAUUUUAUGAGGCCAGCAUCAUUAACCUAUAAAUUGACCAAAUGAGGCAAUGGUGGCCGGAUUUUGUGAGAUGCUUCAGAACGUUACCUCUAGGAUCUGUAUUAUAGCUCUGUUGAGUACGUGAUUCUAUGAACUUGAGAUUGAAUUAGUCUUUGGCAAAACAUUUUCAUUUACUGUAAUUUGUAAAUACUGUACUGUCCUUAUGUCUUCUUUUGGUUUAAAACCAAAUAUGUAUUGGUGUGCAUUUUUUUCCAUCAGGGUUAGGUUAUGAAUGAAAAAGGAUCUGUUUGACUUUUUUUUAUUCAAUCAUUUGUUUCAUGUAAGUUCGUUUAUUGAUGUGUAAAGUAUCAUUUAAAAUAUAUAUAUAAAUUCAAUAUUGUAAUGUUAAUUUUUGGCAGCUCGUAUAUACCAUCUAGUUAUCAAUAAAAAGAGUAAGUUUCUGCUCUGUGAAAA